UUUCAGUUACGUUCGGGAACUUGAAGCAUUCGGUAUAGAUAUUUCGAACAAUCCGGGAUCGAGAUUCGAGUUUGAAAAUGUUCAACAGUUGUUCUACGUGAUGUGUAUCCGGAAGUUGACAACCUUUGAAAUGAUCUCUGUACUGCUGUUUAGUUUGCAUGCCGCCUGGCUUAUCCUACCGAUAACGGCUCAAGUUAGUGACCUAAGAUAUACAGAGAGCACCAACGAUAAUCUCGGAGAUGCUAUACAAUUUCUGCGGGACUUUGAUCGUGAGGCAUCUGAAAUGUGCAAUCGGGUAACCAGCAGUGAGUGGAAGUACGCGACGAACACGUCCGAGUUCAACAAACGGCGCAUGAGGGAGCAGCAAAAUUUAGCUUCCAAAUUUGAGUGCCUGAGCUGGCGCCGGGCAGCUUCCUUCGAUUCCUCCACCAUCGUAGAUUCCAGCAUCCGGCGACAGUUGGGCCAAAUCGUUCAACCGGGACGAUGCGGCCUAGGCGAUGACAAAAACGCUGAGAUAACACAUGUAAUAUCACUUAUGAAGGAAAAUUACAACAAUGUCAAAUUGUGCCCAUACAAUGGACCUCAGCCAACUGCCGGGGGGACUGAUGCUUAUCGAAGCUCAAACUACGUCACCGGAUAUACAACAUAUUGCGAUUUGAAGCUAGAGCCCGACCUGGUUCAGCUAAUGGAAACGAGUCGCGUGGAGCCGGAGCUUCGCUACUAUUGGACGGCAUGGCGCGAAAAAACGGGCCCACCGGUUAAGAACACGUUUAUGCGCUAUUUGGAUCUCGCCAAUCAGGCAGCGGAGCGUCACGGUUUCAACGAUGCCGGAGAGCAAAUGCGAUCGGUUUACGAUGAUCCGGAGUUUUAUUUCAGCGUGAAUGAUUUGUGGACCAAGGUUCAACCGCUUUACAAACAAUUGAUCACAUUUGUCCGGAAGGGCCUUGUCAGACAGUAUGGAGAAUACGUUGUUCGAAGGGACGGGCCUUUGCCGGCGCAUCUUUUGGGCAACAUGUGGGGCCAAAACUGGCGUAGUAUUCUGGACAUUGUCAAACCAGGACCAUCGGAAUUUCCCGAUGUUACCGGAGAAAUGAUCCGACAAGGCUACACACCUCUUAAAAUAUUCCAAACGGCUGAAGAAUUUUUCACAUCCAUGGGUCUACCGCCAAUGACCCCGGAGUUUUGGAGAAAUUCAAUGCUUCAGCGGACCAAUGAAGUAUACGGGCAUUGCACAGCUUCGGCGUGGGACUUUUGCAAUAAGAUUGAUUUUCGCAUCAAACAGUGCACCCAGGUGAACCUGGAAGAUUUUAUAAGUGCCCAUCACGAGAUGACUCAUAUACAGUACUACGUGCAGUACGCUAGUCAGCCGUUUCUGUACCGAGACGGCCCAAAUCCGGCGUUCCACGAAGCCUUGGCCAAUGCCGUUAAUUUAUGUGUUGGAGGUCCAACGCACCUGCAGAAACUGGGUCUUCUGAACAGUGUCGUUUCGGUUACAAACGGCAACACCAUGGUUAACAUUGAAUAUCUGCUGGGCAUCGCGCUGGACAAGCUACCCUUCAUGUCCUACAGUUUGGCUCUGGAAAAGUGGCGCUGGUAUGUAUUUGAAAAGGGACCGGUAGGCAUGAACGCCCGCUGGUGGGAGCUGCGGCUACGUUAUCAAGGCAUAAUUCCGCCGACGGGGAGAGGCUUCGAACAUUUCGAUCCCGGUUCCAAGUACCACGUUAUAUCGGAUCAGGACUACAUCAAAUACUUCGUUGCCACGGUGCUCCAGUUCCAGAUCUAUUCCGAGCUGUGCGUGGCAUCCCAUCACGUGGGACCGCUCCAUACUUGCGAUUUUUAUCGCUCCCGUGAUGCAGGCAGGAUACUCAGCGAUGCAAUGCAACAGGGUGCAUCGCUCACCUCCUCGAAGCUGAUAAAACUUUUAACCCGCGGAAAAACAUCGCGACUUUCGGCUGAACCGUUGCUGGAAUUCUUUCAACCAUUGGAAGCAUGGCUCGAGCUACAAAAUCGUGGCGAAACGGUUAUUGGCUGGAGUAGUCGGAUGGAGGAUUUUGCUUUAUUUCAACCGUUAGUUGAUCGAAAUGGCCGCAACGGAGCGAUACAAAAAUCUUGUCGAAUUGUAUUGGGUGUUAUAUUGUACGCAGUUAAUUUAAUUUUUAGGUUUGUUUGAAAACAAUUCAUUUUCUGAAAAGAUUUUAAUGUCAAUGUAAAUAAAUAAUUUAGAA